AAACGGAACCUUGGGAGACUGGGUAGCAAAUGGAGUAGAAAGGAAAAGAGAAGGCACGCGCUAGGGCACGUGACCAGAAGACACAGGUCCACGCGGUGCAUCUCUGAGAGACAGCGUGAACACACCGAGCAUAUGACCAGCUUUCAUGACAGCCAGCAGAGAAACAAAGCGCCUUUUCAUGGGUGGCCUUAGCCAAGCCGUUUCUAAGACAGAUCUACAAAAUCAGUUCAGCAGAUUUGGGGAGGUUUCUGAUGUGGAGAUCAUCACACGAAAAGAUGACCAAGGAAAUACACAGAAAGUCUUUGCAUAUGUUAACAUCAGAAUAGCAGAAGUAGACCUGAAAAAAAUUAAUCUGAGCAACCAUGCUGAAUGAAAAAACUGCACUAUAACAACCAGUGUUCAAUAUAUACCUUGUUGGGUUUAAAAAAAAAAGUUUUGCAGCUGUGAGAUAGAGAACAUAAGAAAUCUUGAGGUAUGUCCAUUUUAAACAAAACAAAAUGGAAAGGUGGAACACUACAAAUUCAGCUAGCAAAAGAAAGCUUUUUACACAGAUUGGCCCAAGAAAGAGAAGAAGCAAAAGCAGAGAAAGAAAAAUCAACAGCAGGUAACACCAGCUUAUUGGAAAAGAUGAGAGAGGUUGAUUUCCAUAUGAAAGCUGUGCCAGGAACAGAAGUACCAGGACACAAGAAUUGGGUUGUCAGUAAAUUUGGAAGAGUCUUACCUGUUCUUCACCUUAAGAAUCAACAUAAACGUAAAAUCAUGAAAUAUGAUCCAUCAAAAUACUGCCACAAUCUAAAGAAGUUAGGGGAGGAUUUCACAAAUACCAUUCCUGUAACUAGCCUCACUUGGGAAUUGGAAGGAGGUAAUGACCCAAUGAGUAAGAAGCGGCGAGGAGAGUUCUCUGAUUUUCAUGGUACUGUCAAGAAGAUCAGGAAAGUACAGAAGGGCCAGAGUUCCACUGAGAGCCCAAGAACCAAUUGGAUUAUGCAGAGUGCUGUAUCACCACAGCAACGAGCUGUACAAAAAACACCUUAUGAGUCCAUUAUUUUUUCAAAAUCACACUCUGUUCUGGAUUCUGAUGUUCAAAAACUUAAAAAUACACUUUGUCAGACUUCUAGCUUAGAAACUGUCAGGAACAUAAAUAGCAUCUCCGAUGAUGAUAUUGAUUCUGAAGAUGAAUUAAGAAUAAUGAUUGAAAAAGAGAAACAGUUACAGAGAAACUCACGGUCCUCCAUCAAUGACUCUGAAAAUGAUUCCUUUGAAGUUGUAAGAAAUGAUUUCAAAUCAGAUGUUCAUAAACUUCAUUCUUUAUCAAGUCUAUGUGUGAAUAAUGUCUCUUGCAAUGUUAGUGACAAUAUUAUGGGAAAUGAUUAUGAGUAUGAUUCAGGGGAUACAGAUGAAAUCAUUGCAAUGAAAAAAAACAUCAGUAAGGUAAAAAACAAUACAGAAUUUUCUCAAGCAGAAAAACCUCUAAGCAAAAAAUGUUUCCAAAAGAAAGAGCUUUCAAAUCAUUGUAGUAAAGUACAAAGAAGAAAAAACAGCAAAGAAUCAGCUCUUAGUCAUGGAAUGAAGCCUCUUAAUCAUAAAUAUCCAACUGAUUCCAACAGCAGUGACAAUGAGGAAUCUGGAGAUGAAGAAUAUCAAACCAUGAUGAAAAACUGUCCCCGAAUUAAUCUCAGUUUAGGUGAUUUAGAACAGCUGGUAGGCACUAAUCCUGAGGCUCCAGAAGAUACUGAGAGCAGUGACCCACAAACUACCACAAGCUGCAAGAUGGAUAGAUCUAAAAGCUCCAAGACUCUCCAUGGCAUCCACCCAGGCAAACAAUGCAUUUGUCCUGAGGAGAUUCUGGCUUCCCUUUUAGAGGAAGAAAAUACCGAUAAUAAACAGAAACCAAAGGAAGAUAAGAAAAAGCCAAAAUUUCAGGCCUUUAGGGGAAUAGGCUGUCUCUAUGGAAAGGAAUCAGUGAAAAAGACCUUGAAUAUUGCCUCGAGCAAUAUUAGUGAAGAACAAAGUUCCUUGAAACAUGGGAGUUCCAAUAGCAUCUCAGUAGAAAAUGGGCUGCCACAUGCUAAUGGUUCACCAAGCAAACUAACUACAUGGCAACAUCCAGAGAAGACACAUCACACAAACCACAUUCAGCUUCAAAGACAGUUUAUUUGUGAGACUCAAGGGCACAAGGUGGUCUCAAGCAAUUCAGACAAGGGAAGUAGAAAUGUUAUUUCUAGUCUGUUGUCAUUGAAAGGUAAGAAAUCCUUAAGUUUUGAUUCAAAGAUUCACAAGAUAGGACUUGAUAGAGAUAGUUGCCAUGAUACCCAACAGAGAGAAGAGGAAGAGAAGCCUGAUUCUAGCAGCCUCAUGUCUCAUGGGGAACCACCAAAGCACUCUCCAAGGGAAGACACUCAGGAGAGCACAGCUGACUUCUCACUUGCUGUUACAAACUCAAGUGUAGAUACUCAGGCUAAGCCUGCUGAAGAUAAUCAGAAGCGUUUGGCAGCCUUGGAGGCAAGGCAGAAAGCAAAAGAAGCACAGAAGAAGUUGGUGCACAAUGCACUGGCAAAUUUAGAUGGACCUCCACAGAACAAGCCAACACACAUCAAAUUUGGUUCUGAUAGCGAAAGUGAAGUUGAGGAGACAGCCAUUCAGCAAAACCUGCCAGGAGAGGAGUUGAUAAAAGAAUCCAUGGCUAAAGCAUCUGGGAAGCUAUUUGACAGUGACAAAGAAGAAGAAUCAGAUUCUGAAGAUGACAGUGACAGGUUCAAAAUUAAACCUCAGUUUGAGGGCAGAGCUGGACAGAAGCUCAUGGAUUUGCAGUUGCACUUUGGCAGUGAUGACAGAUUCCGUAUGGACUCUAGAUUUCUAGAGAGUGACAGCGAAGAGGAGCAGGAAGAGGUCAGUGAAAAAAAAAUGGUUGAGGAAGAAGAGCUUGUUACAGAAAAAAAGAAAGCUCUGAAUGUUAUGCAAAGUGUUUUGAACAUCGACUUAAACAACGCUACAAGCAAAGGACCAGUAGCUGCUAAGCAAUUUAAGGACAUCAUACGUUAUGAUCCAACCAGGCAUGACCACGUCACUUACGAAAGAACAAAAGAUGACAGACCAAAAGAAAGCAAAGCAAAAAGGAAGAAAAAAAGGGAGGAAGCUGAGAAACUACCUGAAGUGUCUAAAGAUACAUAUUAUGAUAUCGCUAUGGACUUGAAAGAAAUAUUCCAAGCUACAAAAGAUACCAGUGAGAAGGAAGAGGAUGCAUCCCAGCACAAGGCCUGUGGUGGAGAGGAGGUGGAAGAAGUCCAUAGUGCCACAGCCCUGAUGAGUGAAGCUGAGCAGCCCAGCGGGUUUAUGUUCUCUUUUUUUGAUUCAGACUCUAAAGAUAUAAAAGAAGAAACCUAUAAAGUUGAAAUGGUGAAACCCAGAAAGAUUAUCUGGCAAGAAGAUCCUCAGUUCCAGGACAGCAGUUCAGAAGAUGAUGAUGAUGUUACUGAAGACACAGAUCACAGAAAGCCCAUCCCUGAAGAAACAUCAUUUAUUGAAGAAGAGACCACUAGAUUUUUCUUUUUCUCUAAGAAUGAUGAACGACUUCAUGGUUCUGACCUAUUCUGGAGUGGUGUGGGAAGUAAUAUUAGCAGGAGUGCUUGGGAGGCACAAACAAAGAGCUUGCUUAUGGAUUGUCGAAAGAAACAUAAAGAAGCAAGAAGGAAAGUUAAACAAAAAUAAUAAAUAUUGUUUUAUUUA